GACACAGUUGAGUUUACACAGAUCAUAACUGAGCUGCUUUACUUCCUCAAAAUUGUCAAUCAUAAUAUUUUUGAAAAUUAGAGAAAUGUUACUUUGAGAUACCAUUUCAGAGAGGAGAAGAGAGUUUUGUUCUUCUAGAUUACGCUUCUCUUCACAUAAGUCAAAGACUUCCUUCCUCAAGGACCUUCUCUCAUCAAGCACCUUGCAAUUUUCUUCCUGUAAAUUCUGGGCCAUUUUCAAGGUCAGCUGUGAACUUCAAUACUGAAUGCAAGACUGCACUGUCAAAUAAUCAUGGCAACGGCAGUUAUGAUCACUCUGCUGUUCUUAACACCAUUGUUCGAUUACACUCCUCUAGUGGUUCUUUCCUCCAUCAUAAUAGCUGCAAUGCUUGGUCUCAUUGACUAUGAAGCUGCCAUACAUCUCUGGAAAGUCGACAAAUUCGAUUUCAUCGUCUGUAUGGGUGCCUAUGUAGGUGUUGUUUUUGGAAGUGUGGAGAUAGGCCUGGUUAUAGCGGUUGUGAUUUCAUUGCUCAGGGUGCUUCUGUUUGUUGCGAGGCCAAGGACUUUUGUCCUUGGAAACAUUCCAAAUUCCAUGAUAUACAGAAAUGUUGAUCAGUACCCUAAUGCAAACAGCAUUCCUGGAAUUAUCAUACUUGAAAUUGAUGCUCCAAUUUACUUUGCCAAUGCAAGCUACUUAAGAGAAAGGAUCUCAAGGUGGAUCGAUGAAGAGGAAGACAAGCUGAAAUCAUCUGGAGAAACAAGCUUACAGUACAUUAUACUGGACAUGGGUGCUGUUGGUAACAUUGACACAAGUGGGAUAAGCAUGCUUGAAGAGGUCAACAAGACUACUGAUAGGAGGGGGCUCAAGCUUGUAGUAGCCAACCCUGGAGCUGAAGUGAUGAAGAAAUUGAACAUGUCUAACUUCAUUGAAAAUAUAGGCCAAGAAUGGAUAAAUUUAACAGUGGGAGAAGCUGUUGCAGCAUGCAAUUUCAGGCUUCAUUCACACAAACAUAACCCUGCUAAAGAUGAACCAGAGCCAUGGAACAAUGUCUAAGCUAUUUUUGAUGUAAUAUACCAUAUACAACGACUUCUCUUUUUUUUUUUUUUUCUUUCUUAUUUUAUUUCCUUUGAAAUUUGGGUAAAUUAAAUUAUUCUGGUUUUA